UCUGGGUUCUUCAGCGAGUGAUCUCUUGGCACUCUCCACCUUUUGCAUCAGCAUCUGCUUUCUGCUCAGAGGAGCUCAUCCAUGGAAAGUUCUCUGACAGUCCUGCGGGUAAGCCUGUACCACCCCACACUGGGCACUGCCGCCUUCAUCAAUGUCCCACUGGAGUUGCAGCAUGACACCAGCCCACUGCUGAUUGGCCGGGGACAUGACACCCACCUCCAACUGCAGUUGCCCCACCUUUCCCGCCGACACCUGUCCCUGGAGCCCUACCUGGAGCCCGGCAGCACUCUGCUGGCUUUCUGCCUCAAGAACCUGAGUCGCAAGAGCUGUGUGUGGGUCAAUGGACUGCUGCUGAGGUUCCUGGAGCAGGUCCCCCUGAGUGUCACCAACAGGAUCUCCUUUUCCAAUAUCCAGAUGACUAUCCACAUAGAGAGAGGCACCUCCCUUGAGGCCUUUGUCUGCUGCUUCCAUAUGAGCCCCUCACCCCUGAUUUACAGACCCAAGGCCGAGGAGACAGACGAAUGGGAAAGCAUCCCCCAGGGGCAGCCCCUCCUGGGUUCAGAGGAGCGAACUCCAGUUCACCUGGGGCUCUCUACAUCCCCUCCCAGACUUGGAACAGCCCACUGCAGUCAAGCCCUGGAGGAGGAACAGAAAUAUAGCUCUAGAGGGAGCUGCCAGACACUGCUCUCUGCUAGCCCUGCUGCUGAGAGCAAGCCUUGCUGA